AUGUGGGGGGGGCGUGGGUGGCGGCUGCAAGGUGACCCCGGCGGACGCCUCCGCGCCCUCGCCCUCUUCGCGCCGGCCCACCACGCGACGGCCCCUCUGGGGCCGAACCAAGAGCGCCUCGUUGGUAAAAUACUCAACAAAAAAAAAAAAAAAAAAAAAAAAAAAAAAAAAAAAAAAAAAAAAAAAAAAAAAAAAAAAAAAAAAAAAAAAAAAAAAAAAAAAAAAAAAAAAAAAAAAAAAAAAAAAAAAAAAAAAAAAAAAAAAAAAAAAAAAAAAAAAAAAAAAAAAAAAAAAAAAAAAAAAAAAAAUAAAAAAAAAAAAAAAAAAAAAAAAAAAAAAAAAAAAAAAAAAAAAAAAAAAAAAAAAAAAAAAAAAAAAAAAAAAAAAAAAAAAAAAAAAAAAAAAAAUCUCCGGUUUUUUCUCCUUUGCAUCCGCCGGGCCCGCGUGGGCUCCGCGUGGCCGCGCCUGGCACCGCUGCCUCCCAUGCGGGGCCGGCGCCGCCGCCGCAUUCCCGUCGCCAAUAUAGUAGGCCACCGGGCCGUUGCGCAAUCCUGUGGAGGGACGACAAAGGCUGCAGUGGAGCGAAGGCAAGAGGGUAGCGUUCAGUCAUGGAGACGGGUGAAAUAG